CGGUGCUUGCUCCUUCCGGCAGCGGCGGAGUUCGCUGCUCGCUGCGGGGUUGGCUGGUUUGGCGGCCGAGGGGCUGCGCGGAAGAUGCUGGGGCUGUCGCUGUUGGUGGGCUUCAGCACCGGGUUGCUCGCCUAUUAUUGGGCUCGCGUCCCCAAGCGCCCCCUGCUGGUGGCUUGUCAGCCAUUCCGUUCCUUCCUGGAGAAGUACUGUCCCAUUGUGGAUGAGACGUUCUAUCCUACACCGUGGUGCUUUGAGGGCCGACUCCAGACCAUUGUUCGUGUCUUCCUCAAGUCACGCCCACAGGUCCACUACCGCAGCGAGGUGCUGCGAACUGAAGAUGGAGGGCAACUGUUGCUGGAUUGGGCCAACGAUGAAGACAGGAAUACAGGCCACCCUGACCCAGAGAGCUGCCCUAUUGUCUUAUUCCUGCCAGGCCUGACAGGAAACAGUGAAGAGACCUACAUCCUGCACAUGGUGUGCACAGUCCAGCUACAGGGCUACAGGGCGGUUGUGUUCAAUAACAGAGGUUGCAAAGGAGAGGAAUUGCUGACCUACCGGGCUUUCAGUGCCAACAACACUGAAGACUUGGAGCUGGUGGUGGCCCACAUCAAGAGCCAGUUCCCUCGGGCACCACUGAUGGCAGUUGGCGUUUCAAUGGGCGGGAUUCUGGUGCUCAACUACCUGGGGCGGAAAGGCCAUGAGGCUGGGCUGGUGGCUGCUAUGACCUUCUCUGUGAGCUGGGAUUCCUUCGAGACCACCCACUCGCUCGAGAGACCCCUCAACCUGGUGCUUUUCAACCAGCGACUCACAGCCAACUUGCGGAAGCUCAUCCAACGGCACAGAAAGGUGGUUGCUGAGAAACUGGAUGUGGAUCAUGUGCUGAAGGCUCGUUGCAUUAGGGAGUUUGAUGAGCGCUACACAUCCGUGGCCUUUGGUUACAACUCAUGCAAGGAGUACUACCAAGCAGCCAGCCCGUGUCACAAAGUGCACCGCUUCCGUGUGCCAGUGUUGUGCCUUAACGCCUCUGAUGACCCCUUCUCCCCUCAGCAUGCUAUUCCUCUAGAUGCUGCUCAGUGUGUGCCCACAUUGGCCUUGUUGGUGACAUCCCACGGUGGCCACAUAGGCUUCCUGGAGGGCCUAUUUCCACGCCAUGGGAGUUACAUGGACCGUGUCUUUGCCCAGUUUGUGAGUGCUGUCUUUGAGCAUCAGGAGGAACUGCAGGCUGCAGUAGCAGCCAAGGAAGACAAAGAACUUGAACAAGACCAGAGUCUUCUGCUGCUGGAUCAGUGAGAAGACACCACUGAAGACUGGGCCAGGAGAUUCCAAGCCCUUCCUGUCAACCUGUGGCUCUGAUCCCACCUGCCCUCCCAGGUGGAGGGCCUGUAUUUGCCUUCACUUUUAGGGAGGCGGCGAGAUUAUAGCCAAGGCAUGUGCCACUAUGCUGCAAACCCUUGUUUUCCAGUAUGAUCUAUCCCACAUGAAAGGCUGUGCCCCUGAAGGGAUGUCUCCAUGUGUCCACACCAGCAGGUGGCAUUGGAGACUUCAUGUAUUUUGGGGAGCAAGCAGUGGGAUGCUGAGCUGAAUACAGAGCUAUUUUUUUCCAUA